AUGGCGGACGAGCAGGAGCUACUUCGCGCGGCACAGGAGCUAUCCCAGUUUGCGGGACACCUCAAGCCAACUCCCCCUCUCUUCGGGAGCGGGAGCGGAGCCCCGACAGUUCCGGAAUCCCCGCUUCAGUCGACAGCAGCGUCGCAAGCCGAAGAGCCGGCGACCACGGACAUGGACACCUCGGCGAGGGACAAGAGAACGGAAACGGAUGCGCAGGACCUCGAAAAGGAGGAGCCACCCUCCAAAUGGCAAAAGGCAACGGGCAAAGGAGAGGGCAGCAAGGAGCAAGCUCCGGAGCCCCCGGCAACGGACCGCCCUCGUCGAAGUCCUCAACGAGGCCAGGCAAGCCAGCCAAGCAAUCCCAAGCCCUACAACAG